AUGAAGUGGGUACAUGAUGACCAUAUCAUUGGCACUGUCCCUGCCACAUCUUCUCUUGCAUCUAUGUCCUGGCUUUUAUCACAUUGCUGUAAAGUAUGUUGGGUAGCCCUGUAAGCCCUAAUAGAGACUGUAACAUCUAAUUUCUCCUUAGAAAAGGAGGAAAAAGAAUAAGUAGUAUUGUCAUAAGGGCCUUAAGAAAUGGUUGGAGAACACUGUGAGGAAAUUGCCUUUUAGUGGAUAAGCUAAGGUUGCAGCUUAAAUAAGCUCUCUCUGCCACAGAGGUUUGUUGGAGCAUUUGUGCGUAGUAAGUGCAGUCGCGAAUGCUAAAAGAUCUUCAAGUAGCUAAUUUAACUCUUGCCCUUGCUUUUUCAAUGAUUUUCUCUAAAUGAAAAACCCCAAUGAACCUCUAAGCAGGAGAGAUCCAAAAGGGAGGCAGGUAUUGGGACUUGUCAGUAAGCUUCCUGUCAACUGUUUCAACACCUUUACGUCGUGAUUAAUUAUUAUUAAUUUUUUUCUUGUUUGCUGUUUGUGCCGUGUGCUCACCCACCAAUUUAGUUUGCCCAUUCCUGGAUGGAACUGCAAAAUGCAGUUGUCUAUCACAGCAUUCUCAAACAUUUUUCACAUACUUUUCAUACAGUACUAGUUAGGAGAAAUAUUAAAGAUUGAUACAAAGUAUGCCCUCUGUGAGAAGUGUCUUGUUUAUGUAUGACUUUCCAUAAUAACCUGGAGAAGUCAUGGAAAAGCAGUACAGGGACUGAAUGGUGUGACUUGUUGUAAUGAUAGCAUUGUUUAUACAAGGGCUAUUUGAUUUCUGUGUGCAAUUUCACCUUGGUGUAUAUACAAUAUGCUUAUAAUGAGAAAACUAUACAAGUUCUUGACCACAGUGUUAUCUCAGAAAGACAACAUAAAAUUGAACGAAAUUGAAAAUGAAAGGCUAUUGUUGUCGUUGCUACAUGGUUGCUAAGCCGUACACAUCAUGAAACAAGCCGUUGUAAAUUAUUCCACUCCCUUGAAACUUCUAUUACCAAUUACUCGUUCUUAUUCGCAGUGAAACUUGACUUAUAGAAGAAAUUAAUUUCAAACGACAGAAAGAACUGCUUGAUGUCACACAGAUUUAUCUUCUAAGGGUUACAUCAAAUGUUACAGACAAAAAGAACGAACUUUGGAAAACUGUCAAGCUAACAAGUAUCAGGGGAGGCAUCCUCGGAGACCCAGGGGCAGAUAAAGGGGGCGAGGGAAAGUCUAAACGGGCGGAAAAAUAUGGCACGAAGAAAAGUAAAGAACGGCGAGAAGAGCCUUUUUAUGUGUUUUUGUUCGCCUCUAUUUUGAUAGUUGAACGUUUCUGGCGUCUGUCCUUUCUGCGCUCUUUGCGCUUAUUAGCCUUUUUAAACCGCUCGUUUGGAAACGUUACAUAGACGACCUCUUCUGGCUCUGGACUACAAACAGAGACAGAAUAGAACAUUUCAUUGAACAAGUAAACAAUCAUCACCCUACGAUCAAAUUUACGGCUGAAAUUUCCGAUAAGGAAACAACAUUCCUGGACACCUACAUCUACAAAGGGGAAAGAUUCGAAAGAGACGCAAUCCUUGAUGUGCGUACUCAUUUCAAACCAACUGAGACAUUUCAGUAUACCCAUUUUGCUUCCUGUCACCCGCAAGGAGUUAAAAAAGGCUUCAUUAAAGGGGAAGCCCUCCGACUCCUCAGAAAAAACUCUUCCAAAAUAAUAUUCGAAGAGAAAAUUACAAAUUUCAAAGCGCAUCUGCUACAGAGGGGUUACCCAGAGGAUCUUAUUAACACAACCCUCUCAGAGGUGAACUUCAAAGACAGGAAACUAGCCCUUCAACAGAAACCAAAGACAAACCAACGAAUCUUGCCUUUUGUCACACAAUACCAACCAUCAGUGCCAAACCUAAAGCAAAUUCUCGUGAAAAACUGGCAUUUAAUAGAACAACAACCAUUACUGAGCGAAAUCUACAAAAAACCGCAUCUCGUAUCUUAUAAAAGAGGGCGGUCGCUCAAAGACAUACUCGUGAGAGCCAAACUAUAAAAAGGCUAUUUUAACACGCGCUGGGGAGUCGUGUAGGCCUGUCAACCCCAUUUUACACUGCUUUUGGAAUGUUUCACUUUUAUUCCCCCUUUUCGAUCUUUUGCUGGGCAUUUACUAGGCCUUAUUGCAAGUAGAAAAGUUUUCGCGAACACCCCGAGGAACGUGAAUUUCUUUACAAGGAAGUACAGAUGGGUUGUGAAGAAGAUUUUCAUUGAAAUGUUCUGGUAAAAGUUACAUGAUUUUUCAGUUGUUUUUCUCUGGCCUGUUUAACCGAAUCGCGUUCAACUGGGUAUGGUUUGAAAGAUCUCAAAGUUACAUCUCAAAGUUGUCUGUGACAGUUAAAAUUUGCUGACACGGAAGUGGGUCUGCGAGCGUCGAGGUUGCUGAAGCUCCCUAAACUCUACCCUUCGACGUACUUGUGUUAAAAUGGAUUAAGUGAAGGUUUGUUUUGCUCUUUUGAGUCUUGUACGUGACGUCUCAACCAACUUCCAAACGUUUGUGUCCCGGUCAUUUACAAAUAUUACAAAUAUUAGUAUGUGUAAUCAAAUGGUGACGAGUGAAAAAGGCUAGGGAAAUUAUAAGGAUUUGGACAAAACGCAAGUGAAAUUAUUCCCUAAUUUCACGAGUAUACCAUUUGAUUAGUAAUGGUAACAGGACUGAGUGGAGUCCAAUUCGGUCUGUAAUCAUACGAGUGAUUAACAAAAUCGGACGAACGCGUAGCGGGAGUCCGAUUUGUUUAAUCACGAGUAUGAUUACAGACUGAAUUGGACGACACGAAGUUCUGUUACCAAUUAAUCAUAACUUUAACAAAAUUUGUGAUAUAAGGCCCUUUUCUGAAAUCAAAACAGAAGAAAUUCCAAUUGUUUUUUGCUAGUGGUGAAAAAAAGCCAUUUAAGCGUGCGCUUGAUGGCGCGUACUGUCCAAUUACUUAUGAAGCGUACUGUCUUAUUAAAUUGUCCAGGCCAUUUGCACUAGGCCAUUUGCACUAAGAGGUCAUGUGACAUCUUUUUGUGAAAAUGAAAGUUACAUGAUUUUUUCUUCAAAAAACGAGUAGUGGGUCUUAUUUUUAGCAAAAUAAUAGUGAUUUGGUUUUUCAAACCUGUACCAUUUUCUUAAAAUGAGUGAGUUCGUAGCUGGUCACGUGACCAAACUGUGAUUUUUAAAAUUAUGAAUUACCUCUUUCUGAACACAAAUUUUGCACUUAAACUUCAAGGAAAGUGUUGAAAAGUUGAUGUGGGAAUGUUUACAGCACAUCUGAGCGUAACUAUCAAACGUUAACAAGAUCUAAGCAAAAAGUAGUUUUGGCCGCCAUGUUGGAGGGCAAGAGUAUGCCCUCCAACAUGGCGGCCAAUACAAAUGAUACUACUUUGUUGAAAAAUCAAAGUGCCAUAAAAUAUCUCCUUUAAAUGCGUUUCCUCUCAAAUUUCGGGUGUACGAUAAUUUUUAUGUGCUCUGUCAAUUUUUGGCAUCAGCAAGAUUCCAACUCAUUGUUUAAAGGAAGCAUUGGUCACGUGACCUCUUAGUGCAAGUGGCCUAUUAAGGCUGAAAUCAGGGCAGUUGAUAGCCACUCAGAUUUGAGAAUUUUGUUAUAGUUAUGAUUACAUCUGAAAUAAACGCACUUUCAGUGCGAAUUUUGAUUUAAAACCUCGUCAAGGAGAGUGUAGGCUUACUUAGAUAACAAAAAUAACAUAGUAGCAUUUCUUCCGUUUUUUCCGCUCCAAAUCAUCAUUGGAGUAAUCUGACUUUUUACAUCAUCUCUUUCAAUUAUGGUGAUUUUCGUAUUUUCUCAAUAUUUUCUUAAAUAGGUUCCUAUUUUCUGAAGGAAAAAAAUACAUUGUAGCUAAGAGUAUUAAAGUGGUAUUCAGCUUAUUCCUUAUAUAGAGUCUGCAUAUCAAUACAUUGUAGUUGGUCAGGAGUGAAAAGUUACCUACAGGUAUGUCUCCAAAGAGGAUCCUGAAUGUCGACUUAUCUUAUUUGCUCUUGAAAGUGUGCAAAAUUUUUUUAUAUAUAAAUUUUAGAAAAUAAGAACCUGUUUCAAAUUUUAGGCUAAACAGGUUCUUGACUGUAUAGAGGGCGCCUAAAUGACCUAAAUGGCAAACUUUAGCCGAACAGGUUCCCAGGUUCUUUCUCGCGGGUUUUUCACUUUUGGUGUGUUUGAGAGAUACGUGGACCAGUCAUAUAUGUAUAACAGACUUAUUAUCUGUAAAGGACAAGUGCAUUAAGACUGAUAUUAUUUUAUUUAUUCAUGUAAUUAAAGUUUGUCUUUAUCAAGAAAGUGUGAAACGGAACCUCUACCACGAGCCAUUCAUUGGUAUUGACUAAACUCUGCCAGAUCUUUAAUUGGCACUCUUUAGAACUUUAUUCAUAGGUAAAACGAAGGAUUAACUUGCCUUCAGAAAUGAUUUAUCAUAUUUUAACCCCUUUGCCACUGGAAUUUUUGCCGAAAACAGCAAGCCGUUCGAUGAUAGUCGAGCGGUUUUCCGGUGACCUUCUGGCUCCAGUUAAAAGGAGCAAAACCACCUGCACCAAAACGUUGUUUACAAGUCGAGCGCUACGCUGGUUUUGGUGCGUGACACUUUAUUACAGCUUUUAAAAAGUUCAGGCAUGAGUAGAAGGCAAAAUUUUGAGUGAUUUUUGGAGAAACGUUUAAUUUUCGUUUUCUCUCCUCCUUGCUUGUGGCAUGUUUCACUUUUAUUCCCCCUUUUCUUCCUUUGCUAGGCAUUUCCUUUUUUAAGGCUUUAUUGCAAGUAGAAAAGUUUUCGCGAACACCCCGUGGAACGUGAAUUUCUUUACAAGGAAGUACAGAUGGGUUGUGAAGAAGAUUUUCAUUGAAAUGUUCUGGUAAAAGUUGCAUGAUUUUUCAGUUGUUUUUCUCUGGCCUGUUUGACUGAAUCGCGUUCAACUGGGUAUGGUUUGAAAGAUCUCGGCCCCCUUCCACAAGUUAACUCUUAAA